CAAGCGAAAGUAACCAACAAAUCAGUGAAUAAUACAUAAGUGAGAAAGAAGAUGGAGUGGAAAAUUCUUUAGCAACAAAUAUCAAGAAGUGUUGGUUUUUGUGUUCGAUAAUGUUUUUGAGUCUUAUCCUUGAUGUUAUUAUGACGAUAUUUUAAAAAUUGAUUGAGAAAUUCGGAAUCGUUAGACUUGUUACUUAAUAAUUGUCUUCUGAGGAAUACCCUAUUUAUGACGAUUUAUAGCAAUUGCUUUUUUGUUAUCUUCUGAUGAAUUUGAAGAACACAGCAAAUUUUCAUUAUAUGAUUUAAGAAGAAAAUUUGUUUAGUUCCUCCUUCUUAUUAACUGACAAAAACACUUUGGAAACUUAGAAGAAAAACUCUUUUUAUUCCUUAAGUUAGAUAAUAUUUUAACAUUUGUUUUUAUUCAAUAAACAUGGCUAAAACACCAAUAAUGAUUUUACAAGAGUUAGGAGUGAAAGAAGGUUUUUUACCGACUUAUAUUUCAACUUAUUCACAAACUAGUAAAAAUGUAAAUAUAUUUAUGUUUGAAGUAAAAUAUAAAGAUUUAUCAGCAGUUGGACAAGCUUUGAACAAAAAAGAGGCAAAACAAAACGCAGCUCAAAAUAUGUUAAUGUUACUAAGAGAAUCAAAGAGUACUCCUAUAAUAAGACCAGUAUUGCCAUUAAAAAAUAUUAAUACUGGUACGUCAGUUUUGCCAAGUUCACCUUUAUUAAAUCAAGCAUUGUUGUUGGAAGAUCAUAAAAAUUAUAUUGGCUCUUUACAAGAAUUCUGUAUAGAAAAUAAAUUAAUACAGCCCGAGUAUGAAAUUAGUCAAACAACUGGACUAGCGCAUGAAAAGAAUUUUACGAUGUCCUGUAAAAUAGGGGCGAUAACCGAAGAAGCAGUAGGAACUACAAAAAAACAAGCCAAACAACUAGUUGCAAAAAAAAUGUUACAACGUCUUCAUAAUUCUAAUGCAUUGAUUAUACCUAAAAGUCAGUGCGAAUCAAAAAUGAAUGAUGGUUCUGAAAUGUGUGACGAUAAUAUGUCCAAAGAAGCAAACAUAAAUACUUUUGAGGAGUUAGGUUUACGAAUAGUCAAUCUUAAUGUAAACAUACUUCAGAAUGAUAUCGAAACAAAAUAUUUAGAAUUGACUUCUAAGAAAUGCUCAGCAGUGCUUUCAAAUGAAAAUCUUAACUUCCAGAAUUAUCAUUUAUUUUUUAAAGGUUUUAUUUGUGAUAAAGUUUGCGAUGGUAAAGAGGAAGAAUUGACUUUUAUAUAUGACAAUAUUAAGAAAUUUAAAUCAAGCCUUUCGAAUACAGAGAAAUAUGACACUGUUGAAAUAAUAUCCCUUGAAGAACAGAUUUUAGAAUAUAUUACAGAUAAAUUGAAAUUAAAUAUAGAAAAAAAGACUAUAUCUUGUAAAAAUCCGUUGCUAAAGAUGGUUGCUUUUAAAAUACAUACUCCUCUACCUAUUAUUCAAUUUGGUGCAAAUAGCAACUUAAUGACUGCAGAGAUAAUAGCUUUACGCAAUAUACUUGACACAGUUAUGAUUUAUUUGAAAUAACUAAAUGAAAAUAUAUAAAAUUUUAAUUCCAACAUUUAUAUUUUUAUACAAUUUCAAUAUUUUGUAUUCGUAUAAUUUAUUCUCCAUACUUUAUUAACAUUUAACAGAAAAUAUGAAAUUAUAACGACUAAUUCGAAGAUAAUAAAAUGUGACUGGAGAAUAUGACUGGAAAA